CGCUAGUCUAAUUACUGUAUCGCCGGCCAGCUCACCACCAGCUCCAGUCCCUAUUCCACUGUCUGCUUCAGCAACAAUACCCAUACCUUACAUUGCAUAGUGACGGGCCGGCAACCCCAGUAACCCGACCCGCUUCCACGCACUCCCAUGGCAACUCCGCGUCCGACCACGCCCGCUGGGCCAUACCAGAGCAUACCAACUCCUCAAGACCCCGCACACCUCAACAGAGGCUAUGGAGCUGCGUCACAUCUCGGUGUCGAGACCAACGACUUCGCAGUAAACCAUGGAGAAGAGACUUUAUCCUUGUCACAAACCCCGAAUCGACAACACUCCCAACGAGCCGGCCGUUUCGAAGAGGACUUCGAUGCCCGCACAAGGGGAUCGUCGGUGCUUGCAGAUGGUGACUUCCCGCGGCGGUCCGUUUCCCGGGCCUCCUCCUUGAACCGGGGCUCUGCGCCUGCGCGGACUGGUACCCUGAAGAAACGCAACUCGGUGAAACGGAGUGGGAGCUUGAAGCGCAGCGGAAGCCGCCGUAGCAUGCAUGCGGGGAGCAUCCGAGGCGUGAGCAUCGAUGACGAUGAUCAGGGGAACGAACACAACAGCGUCUUCUAUACACCGGUGCCUACAUCAGGAUCUCCGACGGACAUUCUGGCAAACCGCUUUCAAGCAUGGCGCAAGCUUCUAAAGGACCUCAUCACCUACUUCCGUGAGGUCUCACUUUCUUACGAGCAUCGUGCGAAGGCCACUCUCAAGGUCUCCAAUCUGAUCAACAACACCGUACCACCCUCCGUUUUCAUGACCGAGGGUGGCUUGAAUGACGCAAGCCGCCUGCUAAGAGACUUCCACAGUCAAGCCAUUACAGAGGCAAAUAAAGCCAGAGAUAUCAUGAAUGAAGUCAUUAAUCAGCUGAGCGGGCUCAGAUCGGAUCUGGGUCAGAAGAUUAAGGAGAUCAAAUCCCUUUCCGGUGAUUUCAAAAACUCAGUAGAGAAGGAGAAGGAGACGACGAGGAAAUGCGUUGCAGCCCUUGGGGAGGCCUUGUCACUGGUAGAUACGGAUCCAGCUGCUAUUGCUGGAAAAGGGGACCCGUAUGUGGUGCGGCUCGGUGUCGAUCGCCAGGUUGAACGACAAAUUGAUGAGGAGAAUUAUCUUCACCGGGCAUACCUCAAUCUGGAAAACUCGGGCAGGGAGCUUGAGUCUAUUGUGGUGGGCGAGAUACAGAAAGCUUAUAAUGCGUUAGCAAGCAUUCUGAAGCACGAAGCCGACGAGAUCUACUCGACAGUUGAUAGGUUGCGAGAUGGACCUAUUGGGAUGCCGAGAGAUUUUGAGUGGAACGAGUUUGUGCUCAAUGAUCCGCAUUUCGUCAAUCCCAACAUUCCGUUGCGGCGGUUGGAAGACAUAGAAUAUCCGGGAAAGCAUCACCCAGCAACGACGGAAGUUCGGGCAGGAAUGUUGGAGAGAAAGAGCAAAUAUCUCAAGAGCUAUACGCCUGGGUGGUACGUGUUGUCACCCACUCAUCUUCACGAGUUCAAGUCAGCGGACCGUAUAUACACCCAGCCUCCUGUCAUGUCGUUGUAUCUGCCAGACCAGAAGCUCGGAUCCCAUUCACAGCCUGGCAGCUCCUCUCAUAAAUUUGCACUGAAAGGCAGGCAAACUGGAUCAAUGCACCGUGGUCACACUUGGGUCUUCCGUGCCGAGACUUACGACACCAUGUUGGCUUGGUAUGAGGACAUCAAGAGUUUGACUGAGAAGAGCGGAGAAGAGCGCAACGCAUUCGUGCGCCGCCAUGCAAGAAGCGCCAGCCAAGGAAGUGCUCGCUCUGUAAGCACCGAUGGCGGGCUUGAGGAGGACGAAGCCGAUCGAGUUCCCUAUGCCAGCAAGUCCGUGUCAGAAGUGGAAGCAAAAGAAGAAGCCCCACCACGGCCAUCUCCAGGUGGGCGAUUCCCAAGCGAUAUACAAGUCCAACGUAACUUACAAGCACCUCUUCCCCCGUCUAGUGGCAGCUCAGAAGUGGGUAAUGAUUUGACCACUGUGGCUGGCGGCCUGAACCAAGCCGGAUAUCCCGACCCCUACCAAGCAACGAGUUACGACCCCGCCAGCAGCUAUCAACACCAGCAUCAUCAUCAGUAUGCUUCGGCCACGGCUAACAUUGACGACCAACAACAGCAGCAAGGGUUUACUCCUUAUGCGCCAGGUACCCCGAGCCACAAUGCCAGAACACAAUUCUCGUACAACACACAGCCUCAACACUCUACGGCACAGCCUCAGCCCCCUCAGGAUUUCAAACCCGUCCCAAGCAGUGGCAUCGCCGCCGCCCAAACAGCUUAUGAUGCCGAUCUUUCACCGAUUGAGCGCCACAAUAGCGCUUACGGUGAUAGGAUGACUCCCGUUGCAGGUGGUGCAGCAGCGGGUGCAUUGGGCGUAGCGGCCUACAAUCAGCAGUUCGAAGCCCAGGAUGCUCACCUGCAACCUCCUGCCACUGGCACCGGAAGCGCACCAAUGCCACUGAGGGCAGAUUCUAGCGAGGCACCCAUUCCCGUCUCCGCGCCCACGGGUUCAGAAACUGGACAGUCGUCAGCUGAGACGCCUGUCACUGAGUUAUCGGAGUCGACCUAUGGAGGGUCGCUCGAGAAGGAGCGGGUAUUUCCCGCGGUGAUGAGACAGAAGACUGAUUUGAGCGUCAGUGAUCUACAUGUGCCAGGAGAAUACCCCAGGAUACCCAGGAAGUGAGCAGGAGCGGUUAUCGUGUAUUUCGUUUUAUUGAAUUUUCCAUUCGUGUGCUGUUCUCUGUAUUAUCGAUGCUUUGGGCCGUAUGCCCUGCCUUGCUAGGAGAUGAACAAGUGCAGCUACUUCCAGUACUUCCUCAAAUCUCGUUCGGCGGUCUUGGUAUCCCAGCGGUAAAGAGGCACGUGUAUGCUUUUGCAGCUACCGUUGUCCGGACCCAGCGACGCCCAGCAUACGGAUGAGAUUAGCCACCUUUCAACGGCAAUGAAGACGACCGUAGUUGUUGGAUACCAAAAGUUUUGGUGGAUGCUGGGGCGAGUGGUAAUUUGAAGUCGUGCAUUCCCGC